CCUUACAGCGAGGAGAGGCGGAGUUCUGGACAGACAGAGGAUAACAGGCGCGGCAGGAGAGGACUGAAAGCACAAAGGGAGACGCAGAGGACUAGAAACAUCUGCAGCCGUCCGACUCUGGCAUGAUGGAGCUCUACCUCGACCUCAUCUCACAGCCCUGCCGCUCUGUCUUCCUGUUUGCCAAAGCUGUCGGGAUUCCCUUCGAGUUUAAGGUCGUGGAUCUCGCUUCAGGUCAGCAGUACAGCGAGGAGUUCGGCAAAGUCAGCGUGAUAAGGAGGAUUCCUGUCAUGAAGGAUGGAAGCUUCAUUCUGACUGAAAGUGUCGCGAUUCUAAAGUACUUGGCGCAGAAAUAUUCGUCGUCAGUGGCGGAUCACUGGUACCCGGCUGGCCUGCAGCAGCGAGCGCGUGUUAAUGAAUACCUGUCCUGGCAGCACAUGAACCUCAGAGCUCACGGGUCGAAGGUCUUCCUGCUCAGGGCCCUGUUUCCUAUCAUCAUGGGCUCUGAGGUGCCAAAAGACAAGAUGGACGCUGCCAUCGAGGAUCUGACGCAGUCGCUCAACCUUCUGGAGGAGAAGUUCCUGCAGAACAAACCGUUCAUCGUCGGAGACAAAAUCUCUGUGGCCGAUCUGGUGGCCGUGGUCGAGAUCAUGCAGCCUGUGGGAACCGGCCUGGACGUGUUCGAGGGUCGACCGAAGCUGAUCGCCUGGAGAGAGCGGGUGAAGAAGGAGCUCGGCGAGAAGCUGUUCGACGAGGCUCACGAGUCGAUCAUGGCCGUGAGCAGUCUGCCGGAGAAGAUGCAGAACAACACAGAGCUGGCGAUGCUCAUUCCAAAGUUCCAGAAGAUUUUCAAAUGAAGACGAUUAUCAACAGCAUCUCCUUCGUUAAUUUUCAUGGUUGUGUUGAUUCUGUUUUUUAUCAGUACUGAGAAAACUUCUUUUCAGGUGGUUAAAGAUUUUCAUGCAAUAAAAUCAUCAGUUGUAUAAAAUGGAAA